CAUUCUUCAACAUAACCUCUUCUCUCUUUUCUUGCAACUUUAGCUCGGAAUUCUAUGCUUCGCUGAUCAAUCUUUCUCCUCUCUGCAAAACCAUUGUUCUCACAAGCUCUCCUCUCUCUGCUCUGGUUCAAGAUUCUAACUUGUGAGAGAAAAGUAAGCGAGAUAGAGAAGCAAAACUCGGUGAAAUGCUUGAGAUUGGAAGCCCCACGAGUCUCUGUUUCCGUACAAACACUACUUGUAAUGCUCUGCUUCAAGAGCUUCAGAAGAUAUGGGUUGAUAUUGGUGAGAGUGACGCUGAGAAAGACAGGAUGCUAAUGGAGUUGGAGAAGGAGUGUCUAGAAAUCUACAGAAGAAAAGUAGAUGAAGCUGCAAACUCCAAGGCACAGCUUCAUCAAUCACUUGUAUCAAUUGAAGCUGAGAUUGCUUCUAUAAUGGCUUCUCUUGGAGUCUUAAACAUCCAUUCACCGAUUAAAGAGAAAGGUUCAAAAUCAUUGAAAGAGAAGCUUGCUUAUGUGAGGCCUCUGCUUGAGGAAUUGAGGUUGCAAAAGGAAGAAAGAGUGAAGCAGUUUGUGGAUGUUAAGGCGCAGAUUGAGAAGAUGAGAGGUGAAAUCUCUGGUUACAACAAAGCCACCAUGAUUGGUUCUUUGACUCUUGAUGAUGAUCAAGACUUGACUCUAAGGAAGCUUAAUGAGUAUCAAACACAUCUCCGCUCUCUCCAGAAGGAGAAGGCGGAUCGUCUAAACAAGGUGUUGGAUUAUGUGAAUGAGGUUCACUGUCUAUGCGGUGUUCUUGGAGUUGACUUUUGUCAGACUGUUAGUGAGGUUCAUCCGAGUUUACAUAGGACUAACCACGAGCAGUCUACAAACAUUAGCGAUGAGACGUUGGAUGGUUUACAGCAAAUGAUUGAAAAGCUGAAAACUGAGAGGAGACUCCGCUUUCAAAAGUUGAAGGAUGUGGUGGAGUCACUUUUGGAGCUAUGGAAUCUAAUGGACACACCUCAAGAAGAGAGAAUGAGAUUUGCAAGAGUCAGUUGUGUUGUGAGAUCAUCUGAAUCUGAUGUCACUGAGCCAAACAUCCUUUCUACUGAAACAAUUGAACAGGUUUCUGCAGAAGUAGACCGUUUCAACAAGCUGAAAUCUAGUAGAAUGAAGGAGCUUGUGAUGAAAAGAAGGUCUGAGUUGGAGGAUCUUUGCAGAAUGGCUCACAUUGAACCUGACACAAGCACAUCUCUUGAGAAAUCAACUGCACUGAUUGAUUCUGGGUUAGUGGACCCUUCAGAGCUUCUUGCUAACAUCGAAGCGCAGAUAAACAGAAUCAAAGAAGAGGCACAUAGCCGGAAAGAGAUUAUUGAUAGGAUUGACCGUUGGCUAUCUGCUUGUGAAGAGGAGAACUGGCUAGAAGAAUACAACCAGGAUGAGAACCGCUACAGCGCUGGAAGAGGAGGACAUGUGAACCUAAAGCAUGCAGAAAGAGCUCGUGUUACUGUAAACAAGAUUCCAUCAAUGGUUGACAAUCUCAUCAAGAAAACGCUUUUAUGGGAGGAUCAAACAGAGAAGUCAUUUCUAUACGAUGGUGUUCGAUUGGUAUCCAUACUUGAAGAUUAUAAACUGACAAGGAAACAACAGGAAGAGGAAAAGAAACGUUACAGGGAUCAGAAGAAGAUGCAGGAUCUCUUAUUAAACCGGAGGGAGUCCAUUUAUGGAUCAAAACCGAGUCCAAGAAGAAGCACCAGCGUAAGAAAGGCUAACGGUUACAGUGGGAAUGUAUCUAUGCCUCCUACGCCUCGCAGAAACUCAGCAGGAGCAGCAAAUAGCGACGUUAUGAUGACCCCAAGAUCUUACUCAGGUCAAAAUGGAUAUUUCAAGGAAGUGAGGAAACUGUCAACAGCUCCUUUAAACUUUGUGGCUAUACCAAAGGAAGAUUCUGCUUCUACAUACACUUACUCUGAACCAGAUUCGCCGUUACAUAACUGAGUGUCUGUUUGAAGCAGUUAACGGAGUAGGAGUUGGGAGGUUAGAGAUGAAUGUGAUCAGAAGGAGGUGUAAUUUGUUGACAUAUUAAUGACCGUUAUGUGUGUGUGUGUGUGUGGCACUUUGAGUUGACUUUUUGUGACUGACUUUAGGAUAUUAAUAGUAGAAGAGUAGAAACUGAUGGAUGUUAUGUUCUUAUUAAUAGCUUCAAGAUUGUCUUUUCUAUUUGGUGUGUUGGUGAAUUUGUGUAAUGUGUGUGUGUGUAUAUGGUGCUCUUUGUUUGCUCACCAGAUGCAGGUAUUGAGAGAUAUUGUUUGUUUGAUUA